CCCAAGAUGCAGGCAGACUCCCUUCUUCACAGCGGCUACUUCCACCCUGUGCUACGCUCCUGGCAGUGUACGGCAACCACCUUUGAUGCCUCCAACCUCAUCUACCCCAUUUUUGUCACUGACAGCCCUGAUGCAGUGGAGCUGAUCCCCAGCCUCCCUGGACAAGCCAGGUACGGAGUCAACAAGCUGGAGGGGAUGCUGCAUCCCCUCGUCGAAGAUGGUCUGAAGUGUGUGCUCAUCUUCGGGGUGCCCAGCAAGGUCCACAAGGAUGAGAGAGGCUCUGCAGCUGAUGCAGAGGACACACCUGCCAUCCAGGCGAUCAAGAAGAUCCGCUCCACCUUCCCAGAGCUGCUCAUAGCCUGUGACGUCUGCUUGUGCCCUUACACCUCCCACGGGCACUGCGGCAUCCUGCGUGAAGAUGGCACCAUCCAGAACGAGAUCAGCUGCCAGCGGCUGGCAGAAGUGGCGCUGGCCUAUGCCAAAGCGGGCUGCCACAUCGUUGCCCCCUCCGAUAUGAUGGAUGGGCGUGUCGCAGCCAUAAAGGCAGCGCUGAUCUCCAAUGACUUGGGCAACAAGGUCUCGGUCAUGAGCUACAGUGCCAAGUUUGCUUCGUGCUUCUACGGUCCCUUCAGGGACGCUGCGCUAUCCAAACCUGCCUUCGGAGACAGGCGAUGCUACCAGCUGCCCCCAGGUGCCAGGGGCCUGGCGAUGCGCGCCGUGGACCGGGACGUGCGUGAGGGAGCGGACAUGCUGAUGGUGAAGCCGGGGAUGCCCUACCUGGACCUCGUGAGGGACGUCAAGGCUCGACACCCCACGCACCCGCUGGCCGUGUACCACGUCUCGGGGGAGUUCGCCAUGCUGUGGCACGGAGCCCAGGCCGGGGCCUUCAGCCUGGAGGCUGCCGUCAGGGAGGCGCUGACGGCCUUCAGGCGCGCAGACCCCAGAGGGGGCCUGAGCCCCCCCGCGGGGGCCACCGACACCAGCGGGUGCGACCUGGACACCGGGCCGGUGCCCGCACCUGGCACAACUGGUGUGGGCCGCACUCGGUACCGACGCCUUCAGCAGAGCACCCGCCUCGCCACCCUGUUUGUUCCAGGCUUCCCUUAG